AUGUUGACUACUACACCAGUGUUGGCGUUACCCGAGCCAGGGAAGCCUUACAUGGUGUAUACAGAUGCUUCAGGCAUUGGUCUUGGUUGUGUGCUGAUGCAGGAGGGCAGAGUGAUAGCAUAUGCUUCGAGACAGUGGCAGGGCAUACAGGUCUUCACGGAUCACAAGAGUUUGCAGCAUAUCUUCACUCAGCCGAUGAUGAACGCGAGACAGACGCGCUGGGUUGAGUUCUUGGCGGACUAUCAGGUGAGCAUUAACUACCAUCCGGGCAAGGCUAACCUAGUGGCGGACGCGUUGAGUAGACGGAGGUAUGAUUCCGCAGAGCCUUUGGGUUUAGAGGCAGUGGAUCAGGCGGAUCUACUUAGCAGGAUCAGAGUUGCUCAGCAGAGUGAUCAGAGUUUGCUAGAUGCGACGAGAGUGACUGGUUCUGAGUAUGAGGUCUCUGCGAAUGGGACUAUCUUGGUUCGUGGGCGAGUUUGUGUGCCUAAGGAUGUGGAGUUGAGACAUCAGAUUUUGGGAGAGGCUCACGCGAGCAAGUUUUCCAUUCAUCCGGGAGCGACCAAGAUGUACCAUGACCUCAAGAGGUACUAUCAUUGGGUCGGGAUGAAGAGGGAUGUAGCAGACUGGGUUGCGAAGUGCAACACUUGUGCCUUGGUGAAGGCAGAGCAUCAGGUUCCGGGUGGUCUUUUGCAGAGUUUACCCAUUCCAGAGUGGAAGUGGGACAGGAUUACGAUGGAUUUCGUGGUUGGACUACCUGUUUCGAGGACUUUCGAUGCUAUUGGGAAGUUUGUGCGAGAGAUUGUGAGGCUGCAUGGAGUGCCAGCUAGUAUUGUGUCAGACCGUGAUCCCAGAUUCACUUCAGAGUUUUGGAGAGCUUUUCAGGCAGAGAUGGGCACUAAGGUGCAUUUGAGUACAGCUUAUCAUCCGCAGACAGAUGGUCAGUCAGAGAGGACUAUUCAGACUUUGGAGGAUUUGCUGAGGAUGUGUGUGUUGGAUUGGGGUGGCCAUUGGGCAGAUCACCUGAGCUUAGUUGAGUUUGCAUACAACAACAGCUUUCAGGCGAGUAUUGGCAUGGCUCCAUUUGAGGCUUUGUAUGGGAGGCCAUGUAGGACACCCCUAUGCUGGACCCAAGUGGGGGAGCGCAGCAUGUAUGGAGCUACUUAUGUUCAGGAGACUACAGAGAAGGUCCGUGUUGUGAGGCUGAACAUGAAGGAGGCUCAGGACAGGCAGAAGAGUUAUGCAGAUAGACGCAGACGAGAGCUUGAGUUUCAGGUGGGAGAUAGAGUUUAUCUCAAGAUGGCUAUGUUGAGGGGUCCUAACAGAUCCAUAGCAGAGAACAAGCUGAGUCCGCGUUUUAUGGGCCGUUUCCAGUAG